AGUAAUACUGCAAAGCUCCAAUGUCCAACAUGCAUUAAACUAGGAAUCCCAGGGUCAUAUUUCUGCUCACAGGAUUGUUUUAAAAAAAGCUGGAGCACACACAAGCAGCAGCACAAGAAAGCAAAAGGAGCAUCAAUAUAUGAUCCUUGGCCAGACUUCACAUUUAGUGGAAAGCUGAGACCAUGGCCCGUAACACCAAAGAGGGCAGUGCCAGAUAAUAUAACACGUCCAGACUAUGCUAACGAUUCAAAAGGAACGCCACAUAGUGAAUUGGCAGCCAGGGGAACCUCACAGAUACUCGUGCUAUCUGAUGAGGACCAGGAGAGUCUGCGAGUAGCUUGUAAGCUUGGCCGGGAAGUGCUAGACAUAGGGGCUGAGGCUGUCGCUGUCGGCGUGACAACAGAUGAAAUCGACAGGCUAAUACAUGAGGCGACUAUCGAUAGAGAUUGCUAUCCAUCUCCACUUAACUAUUAUAGGUUCCCAAAGUCCUGCUGCACGUCUGUUAAUGAAGUCAUUUGCCACGGGAUUCCUGACAAGCGGCCUUUAACCGAUGGUGACAUAGUUAACAUCGACGUGACCGUUUACCACCGCGGUUUCCAUGGCGACCUAAACGAGACGUUACUUGUCGGUAACGUCGACGACGUGACGAAGAAGCUCGUCGGUGUCACAUGGGACUGCCUCGACUACGCGAUGCAAGCAGUGAAACCAGGCAUGCGGUACCGAGACAUUGGAGCCAUCAUACAGAAGCAUGCGCAGGCCAACGGAUUCUCCGUUGUGCGCAGCUACUGCGGACAUGGCAUCCACAGGCUGUUCCACACGGCACCGAAUGUACCUCAUUAUGCCAAAAACAAGGCUGUAGGCGUUAUGAAGGCUGGACACUCAUUUACUAUUGAACCAAUGAUUUCAGAAGGUGUGUGGCGGGACAUGGUGUGGCCCGACAACUGGACAGCAGUGACUCAAGAUGGCCGACGCUCAGCUCAAUUCGAGCACACCUUACUUGUGACAGACACGGGUGUGGACAUUCUCACUCAGCGCCCGGGAACAAGCCGGCCUCACUUCAUGGACCAGCUAGGCUAGAAAAUUAUAUUGGUUUGCGCAUUAGGUUUGGAUAGGAGUACUAGAUUUAGGAAUAAUAGCUGAAUCGUUGUAGAUCGCCGUGCACUCAUACGUGACAUCUCUCAUUUGCGAUAGGUUCUCAAUGUAGGAUUUGUAACAAUAAUGUAGACAUUUGAAAGCAGCCAUGUGUCUAGGUUGCCACUGGGUGGCGCUGGCUUGUCAGCUGAUAACUUAUCAUAUAGUGUUUGAAAACUAUUUAAAAGGGAUUUUGACUUCUAUUGUUUAUAUAACGACGGUCAUUACUUCUAACUUUUUUUCUGUUUUACCUUCCAAUAUUUCUUAAUUGCAUCUGCACAUCCGCCUUUGUUAACGUACCUUGAAGCUAAUAAUAUAAACUGAGCCCACUGCUUUCAAAAUCACAUGAAAAAUACAGGACAAGUGAUACUUAGAAUGUUAUUUUAAUGUUUUUGUAAAAAAGUGUUCAGUGAGAGACAAGUCGAAUUAAACUCUGUUAUCACAUGCUUCAUACUGCUGGGAUGUUUGUGUCCAACAAUAUCUUGUGACUUGAGAUUUUUAAUAAAGUUUUGAUGCUAGAGGUGAAA